AAGGCAGCCAAUCAGACGACAGGUGACUGAAACAUUAGAUGCUUCUGACUGGUGGGAAUGGAUCGUGAGCCGGACAUGGGCCCCGGCAUAAUGGUCUGCGUUCAGCAGAUCGCUCACCCAGGCCCACCAUGGCUGCCAUCUGCCCACGCUGUAAUGCUCCAAUCAGAGCCUCUGCUGCCGCCGCCAUCUGUGCCGGUCAGGAACAAGCAUGAUAAGGUUGGAUAGUCGGACACAGCAGAUAGAAGAACAAAGAGACAUUUAGUAAAUAUUAAAAAGUAUGUUGACGAUGCAAUGCAGUCUAUAUUUGUUGUUGUUUUUUUAUUUGCAAACCCAGUCUUUCUGGAGGGAUCCAGUGGAUAUGAUGGCUACAAACUGGAGGGAAUGUGUCUGAUUGUUUAUCAUGGGCAGUAUUCAUUAGCUUAAACUCUGAAGCUGCGGGAAAACACUCCAACGCCGACGAGGUUGGCUGCUUGUUGCUCAUUAUCGGCCUGCCUCUAACAGACUGCAGCGGGGGAAUAGCUGCGGAUAAGUGGUCAGAUCCCGACUCACAGAUCUCCUUUUUAAAGCUUUCCACAGACUGAAUGUCAUUAUCAUGUGUUGACUCCGUCAAUAUGUGCAGCUGCUUUUUGUGUGCUGUUUACACAGCGCCGCCAUUACCGGGAGGCUAGCUGGUAAUGAGCCAAGCAGCAGACACCCGCAGGUCCCAUCAGCAGCAUACUGGUCAACACGUACGGCUGCAGACCCAUCGUCAUGAUGGGCGGCUGCCUUUGUGCCUUGGGCAUGAUCUCAGCGUCCUUCUGCACCAACGUGAUGCAGCUUUACAUCUGCAUCGGUGUCAUCGGAGGACUUGGACUGGCCUUCAACCUGCAGCCAGCGUUGACAAUGAUAGGCAAAUAUUUCUUUAAGAAGCGCCCCAUUGCUAAUGGGUUAGCGAUGGCAGGCAGCCCAGUCUUUCUCAGUACUCUGGCACCUCUCAACCAGUACCUCUUUAACCAGUUUGGAUGGAGAGGCAGCUUCCUCGUCCUGGGCGGGCUGCUGCUGAACUGCUGCGUGGCCGGCUCCCUCAUGAGGCCGCUUGGACCGCCGCCCGGCAAGGUCAAGAAGGACGAGGCGCUGGCCGCCGUCACCACUACGACUGAAAAGCGCAGCCUCUGGCAGAUAGUCAACAAGUACCUGGACCUGACGCUGUUCAAGCAUCGGGGCUUCCUCAUCUACCUGUCAGGCAACGUCAUAAUGUUCCUGGGUUUCUUUGCACCCAUUGUCUUCCUCGCUGCCUAUGCCAAAGACAUGGGUGUGGAUGAAUACUCUGCUGCCCUCCUGCUCUCAAUCUUGGCUUUCGUGGACAUGUUUGCCAGACCCUCCAUGGGGCUGCUGGCCAACUCACGAUGGGUUCGCCCCAAGAUCCAGUAUUUUUUCAGUCUCGCUGUGCUGUACAAUGGGGUGUGCCAUAUCCUUUGCCCACUAGUGGAAAGCUACACUGGCCUGGUGGUGUAUGCAGUAUUCUUUGGAUUUGCUUUUGGCAUGGUAAGCUCAGUGCUGUUUGAGACAUUGAUGGACCUGGUUGGAGCUCCGAGGUUCUCCAGUGCUGUGGGACUCACAACAAUUAUAGAGUGCUGCCCUGUUCUCAUUGGUCCACCAUUAGCAGGGAAACUUGUCGACGUCACCAAAAAUUACAAGUACAUGUAUUUCUGCUGUGGUAGUGUUGUCAUCCUGGCGAGUAUUUGGCUUUUCAUUGGAAACUUCAUUAACUACAGACUCUUGGAGCGUGAGCGUAAGCAGAGGGAGAUGUACAAACGAACUGAGACGGAAGAUCCCGACCGAGUUCGUUAUGAGAAGGAGGCUGACGGUGCGGCCCAGGCCUCCGAAGACCUGACCGACCAAAACCAAAAAGACGUAGAGCCCAUGCAAAGAGAGACCAACAUUUAAAACCGUUCUGCACUGCCAAACCUUGACCUUUCACCCCAGCUGCAGCCAUGCAACACCUUCAAGUAUAAAUCAACUGGGCUCCAAGCCAAGAGUUGCCUCUCACUGAUCAACCACACUCUGGUUGGGGCACUCAUUGGUAGUUCUCUGAAAAUAACUGCCAAAGCAACCGUUGUGUUGUAGGGACGGUGAGGUACAGUAUCUGUUUAUAAUAGCGCACUGGCUGUGAUUACAACUGUAAUAAAAAGGCGGUAAACAUAAGAAACUUACAGACCAAACUUCCUAUCUUUUCCACACUAAUUCUAGAUAAGCGCGAUUUCUCUGGGACACUGCAAAUAUGCUGCUGAUUUUAAUGUACUUAAGGUCCAUCCACUGGAGUGUUUUUUUUAUUCAUGAAAUAAACAACUUACUUUGAUUCACUUUGACUGAAUUGAAACCACCCAGGUUCAAACAUCCAAAAGCUACAUCAGUCGGUUAUUCUGGUUUCCCCUGGUUUCCAAUAUGAAGAAAAUACGAGCGGGAUGCUUUCCACAGUUUAAAGAUCCUUCAGAAAUUCAACUAGUGUGCUAAUUAAAUAAAUCAAACAUAGAUCCAGUUGUGAAAAAACACAUUGGGUGCAUUUACAUCAGCCUUCUGUAGUCUGCUUUAAUCAAAGUCUACUUUGUCUAGAAAGUCCAGUUCGUUUGGUGGGGGUGUGACUGAUCUCUGAUCUGGACCAAAAAGUUGAACUUGGGGUCUCGUGUGUCAGUGAUGAUUUCGCGGUCAGUAAUUUCUGUGAAAGCAAAUUUCACAGCAUAUUAUAGCUUCAACUAACAUCAAACCAUUUGAUGGUAUUGGUGGUACACAACUCCCUUAUCCAAGAAGACGUCAAAAGCCUCUGCACUCAAAGCGGCCUUCUACAGAACGACGCUCAAAAUACACAAGGAAGUAACUUGCUGUAGUUUCCUGCGUCACUGCUGCAAAAGUGAAUAUGUUUGAUCUUUGUGUUGGCAACGCAACCAACAUAGGACAGUAUGAAAACAGACACUUCUGAGUUGACUUAAAUUUGCAUCUUGAAACGUCAAUGCUUGACUUACACUUUAGACUUUACUCUUUAUUUCAUGUAAUAAGGCAUGAAAAUAAGCUGUUAAGUGUAAUGCUUGAUUUAGGCUUGACAGAGGUCCACAUGGCGCAGGGCGCUCAAAUUGCAUCAUUUCAGUAAACACGCCCCUCUACGUAUUGCCCGUGCGGACUAAAUUUGGUCAUGGUGUCGCUAAUAACAACCGUGGAGACGAGAAUAACAAUAAAUACUGCAGAAAUUGUAGCAGUCUGAUUCCACCUGUAAAUCAUUUGAGUUAAUGAUUUACUCUGUGGGUUACCAUUGUGUAUUAAAAUAUUGUUUGUCAUAUUAACAUCACAAAACGAAGACCUGAAGGAACAUUAAUAUCGCAGCAUACUUAUGUUUUUGUUUUCUGCUGGGAACCAAAGCAGUACAUUUUCUAACGUUCACCUUUUUCUUUGAGGUUGCCAUAAAAACUGGGGGGGGAACUCAAAGCAAAAAAUAGCAAUUGGUGUCAGAGACAAAAUUAGCUUAAGUAUAGCUAAUUUUUCUCCUUUUUUGUAUUUUGAUGGAGUAAAUGUUGACAGUGUUGCCACCUACUGGCCUGGCAUGAGUAUUUCAUAAUUUAUAUAGGAAUACUGCUUUGGAUGCAGAUUUUAAUUUUUUUUCUUCAAACAAUUUAAAAGGGGUUUAACAGAAUAAAACUGACUCCAACUUUUCUAAAAACUGAACAGAUGUGGUCACAGCUGGUGAUGCUGGUAUCCAUAUAUUACUCUGUCCUCCUGAGCACUGUAAAGCUGUGUUAUAAAACCUGUGCAAACCUUUGAUCAAGUCAUAAAAAAUGCUGCAUUAACCGUCUUGGGUACAAUAGUCCCACUCUCAUAUCAAAUAUGCUGCACUAAAUGUCAAAUUGCCACACUUCAACCCCCUGACAUUGUUUUAAAAUUGCUGCAAUUCACUGAAUUUAAUUACGGUUGAAUGUAAUUUCCUCUGUGGGCCUUAAUAAGGUAUUAAGGACCAAAACCCUGUCUGCGUAUUGGGGGCCGUCUACAGGCAGAGCCCAUGAGCAAUACACUCUCUCUCAUAUUAAUGCAAA